CUCACGUCGCUUCGGUCUCGCGGAUUGUAUGUCCGCACCUCUCCUCUCCGCGACGUACGAACCCGAACCCCACCGGUACAACUUAAGCGUGCCGCGUCCGACGCGUUUAUAAAAACAUAUCCCUUACUAGUAUUAUUCUCUUAACUCCCCUACCGUACCUGCUUUUCGUCGUAAGUAAGGCUCUUCUCGGUAUUUAGGAAUUUUAAAACUUUCUUAGUGUUGUAGUUUUAAGACUUUUCACGUGGCUUGGUGCGAUUGAACUUUGAAGGUCGAUGCGAUAACGGAUUGUCCGGAUUGAAGACGGUUAGUGUCACGCCGGUCCUGCAGACGAUUCCGUUGCACUUUCGCGAUUCAGAUUGGAUUUCAUCUUGGAUCCUGUUGAAGGUUUCUUGGUACCUUCUACCGUAACCAUCGUUUGAGAUACUUAUUUGGAUAAGGUGCAUCGUAGGAUCUACGCCUUCUAACAUCUUACCCUGCCUGCAGUGCGUGCCAAGAGCCCCAGAGUCCCAGCAUUAUAGAUUGAGUGGAGUGUCCCCUGUGUCCGCCCACACGUAGUCCCGUACGCAGCCAAAAUUCCGCGAGACACUUCGGACACCUCCUCCAGCAUGGAACUGGAGAAAGCCCCCAACCUCCACGAGGAAGACUCCAAAGUUACCCUCACUAUCAGACUGAUUAUGCAGGGGAAGGAAGUCGGCAGUAUUAUUGGAAAGAAAGGAGAGAUUGUUAAAAGAUUUAGGGAAGAGUCUGGAGCCAAAAUCAACAUAUCUGAUGGAUCAUGCCCAGAGCGCAUUGUCACAGUCACCGGCAACACUAGCGCCAUUUUUAAAGCCUUCACACUCAUUUGCAAGAAAUUCGAAGAGUGGUGCUCUCAGUUCAAUGAAAGCGGCGGCGGCGGGUCGCGGUCACCCAUCACUCUGCGGCUCAUCGUUCCGGCCUCACAGUGCGGCUCGCUCAUCGGCAAGGGCGGCUCCAAGAUCAAGGAGAUCCGUGACGUCACUGGAGCCAAUAUACAGGUGGCGAGCGAAAUGUUGCCAAACUCCACAGAGAGGGCGGUGACGAUCAGCGGCACAUGCGACGCAAUUACACAAUGCAUUUAUCACAUCUGUUGUGUCAUGCUAGAGAGCCCACCGAAAGGAGCCACGAUCCCAUACAGGCCGAAACCAAACGUAGCGGGCCCGGUCAUCCUAGCCGGCGGCCAGGCUUACACCAUCCAGGGCAAUUACGCCGUGCCAGCGCAAGAUAUGGGUGGGCUAGCUAAAUCGCCAUUGGCUGGACUUGCGGCGCUAGGACUUGGAGGCUUGGGACCAGCAAACACUGGUGGACUUAACCCAGCAGCGGCCCUCGCUGCGCUGGCCGGCUCACAGCUGCGCACGUCCAACCAGUCGCGUAACCAGCCCGCUACCAACCAGCAGUCGCACGAAAUGACCGUGCCCAAUGAGCUCAUCGGCUGCAUCAUUGGAAAGGGUGGCACCAAAAUCGCUGAGAUCCGUCAAAUAUCUGGCGCGAUGAUCCGGAUAUCGAACUGCGAGGAGCGGGAGGGCGGUAGCACUGACCGCACCAUCACCAUUUCUGGCAACCCUGACUCCGUCGCGCUCGCCCAGUAUCUCAUCAACAUGAGGAUCACGAUGGAGACUGCAGGGCUGCCGCUGCCGGGCUACCACUACAUCGCGCCCAACCACAUCGUGAAGGCGCCGAUCCAUUGAAUGGGGCUCCGCGGCCAGACUUCCGGCGUUGCGUUCAAAGUCACCGAACGAGCAUACUUCGUACAGCCGCAAUACGGGACUCUGGCUCCGAUAUAUUUCUUCAAGUGAAUAUCGAGACCAAACAAUCUCUACGAGAUGGGAAGCAAACACUAGAUAUCGUGCUGAGCGUAUGUUUACAUUUGUUACGAGUUUAUAAGUAUUUUAGAUAUUCUUAUAUUUAUUCUCCACUGUAUUUAAUUAAUUGGGAUAGGAAUAAUGUGGCAUAAGAUGAAUCUUGGGAAUUUGAGAACUGAAUAUGUUAUUUCGGAGAAAUUAAUGGCAAAGGUUUAAAACGACUGACAAUUUAAAAUUUUCUAUAAAUCUGUGUGCGGUGAACGUGUGUCGGUUACGUGGACGAUUAUUGUGAAUGGCUGCGUUGUGGCUGAGGUUGGUUUCGUGUCGUUCACCGCCCCCGGGUUUGUGAAUUAUAACAAAGUAUGCAACAGGAGAUAGCUAAGCUGAUCGAAUUUACUAUGGAUUUAAGCGGUCGAGUUAUUCAAUUAUCAAUUGGAUUUGUUUUCCACGGAGAUCAGUAAUGACCAGACAGAAAUGUUCAAAAUAAGAUAGUCGAGAGUCGGCGUAUAGGUAGGUGUAGAUGCGUUACAAUCGACCUCGGAACCGCUGACGUAGCGUAGUGUUAGAUUAGCGAACAGAGUGAGAGGGUUAAAGACAAUAUUUGUAAAUAAAUAAUCGUAAUAACCUGGAAAAUUAGGUAUUACAGUAAUAGUUGCGUCGGACGACGCGGCGAUACGAAACCGAUGGGAUCAAAUCCUUUAAGAAUCUUACAUUAAAAGCGGAGACAGAUGAGAAGAGAACAUUUCAGUAUAUCAUUUACAAUCGUCUAAUAUCACACAAAAGACGUUAGGUAUAUAAAAAUAGUGUUGCUAAAUGUGAUAGUCCUCUAUAAUUUAUUUUACAUUUGAACUAUAAGAUCUCUAACAUACAUUAUACACAAUGUGUACAUCGGCUACUGAAAAUUUUAAGUCGAGUAAAUAAUAUUGGUCUAGGGAUCAAAGCCAAAGAUUGUUGAAGUUUGUUUAACACUAAUAAUGUUGUGGAUUUAUGCUAAAUUAUUCUGAGAGUAGUUAAUGUUUAGUGAUGUAACGUAGAACAGUUUGUUUGAAUUAUUUUAUUACCCUCUCCAGACUGCUCAUUGUAUUUUUAGUCUUAGAUCAAAAUAUAGAUAGUCCUGUGGUAAUCUAAAUAUUUCCAAAAAAAACUUAAAAAAACAUAGGUUAACGUAGAAUAAGAUAACUCUAGGACCACUGUAUUAAAUGCUUUCCAGAAAACAAUAUUUGCUUGGAGAAAACCAGUGCCACGAUUACUAACAACUGUGCCAAAACGGUUCACUUUCUAUAUCGUAACAAUAAGGCGUAUUAUUUUAUGCGGUAUAUUAAAUGUCAUUUACUUGUAUAAUAAUAAUGGUGUCAAAUAAUAACUCGCAAGCGUACUUGCGAGCUAUAAUAAUAGUGAAGUAAUCCACUUAUUUAUUAUUAAUUUUGCACCCUAGAUGUAAGAAUCACAACUAGAAUUACAAAUUAUUCUCGGAACAUAUCCCUAUUACAUAUUUUCCCCAAGUCUUCCCUUUCUAAUCUUAUUAAUGAUUAUUAAAGAUUAAAUGAUGAUUGUGCCAAAGUUGUGUCUAAAUUUAUGCAUGGAUUUGAUAAGGCAGCAUGGUAUUUGUUUGAAGUAUUAUUUUAUAGACAUUGUCGAAUUAUGCUAGUCAAAUUGUUCUGAAAAAUAAAAGACAAAUAAUGAAAUUUUACAAUUAUAUAAUUAUGCUAGUCAAAAUUUAUUUCAAUCGGUAUGUUUACGUUUUGUACAAAAGUUAGAAAGUUUAUUUAUUUUUGUUCGUAUGUGUCAAAGUUUUAACUAUUUUAUGUGGUCUCGCUAAAUUAAAAUUAGCAAUAAAUUUUGAUAAAAUCAAUUAUUUAUAGUAUAAUAAAUUGCAAUUAAGACAAUGUAUAGAGCUUUUGUAAAUUAAGUACCACACAGGUAUAAAUAGAGUUAAUCUAUAGGAGUAAAGAGAAAUUUGAGUAGUAGCUCGUUACUAAAGAGAAGAGAGUUCAUAGCUGUGAUUAAAGUUGGGAGGGCACUUUUGUGCUAUUGCUACGUCGGAUAGUUGCGAGCGGCGCGUAGGAUAGUGCACGCUUCGUAGGCGGCGCGCACGCGGGGCGCGCACGUGAUACGUCGGGAUAGCGAUUUAUAUUUUGUAUUGCAUGCAAAAGGCAAUUGUAACGCAAAUACUGUCUCUAAUGAGUAUUAGUUUAUUGGUGUUGUCAAUGAAUAUUAAAUUUAGUACAAUGCAAUUUUAAUAUUAGUGAAUAAAAUACGUUUAUUUGUCACGUGUAGGUGUUAUGUUCGGUUAUAAUAUUAAUCAGCAAUCAUUAUUAUAAUAAUCUUUAUUAUACUCAUAUUUAGUAGUUAUUAUGAUUCAAUAUUGUUAAUGUUAUUUUGAUUUGCUCAAUUUUCUGAAUGUUUACGUAAGCUAGGCUUUUAAAAUGUUUAGUUUGUUUUGUUGAUCUAUUAGAGUUGGAUAUAUUGAUAUCUGCGCAUCGUGUGCUUUUUCUUUUAUUAGGAAAUACAAUUAUUUUUGUGACAACAACAGUCGAGCUGUCAAUUUAAUGUUUAUACGGUGUGACGGUACGCAAUAUUUGGAUGCUUUGUUAAUAAUUACUUUGAUUACUGAUGUACCUUGUAGUGUUAAAGUAAUUCGUAACUAUAAAAUUGGCAGAAACUUUUCAAACCGUUUCAAUAGCGUCAAGUCCAAGUAUGGUUUGUCGUUAUUCUGUUACUUUCUUCUUCUCUUCUUUCACUAGUUUCCUUCAACAUUGGAUGCGCUUAAACGUAGAGACACUACACUUUAAUGUCGGUGCCUUUUGUUUAUAGAUUUCGCUGUUUCUUUAAUCAGUAAGAUAUGUGUAUGUUUAUUCAGCGUUAUAACUUACUUAUAUUUAGCCUUUAUUGACAGGGUCUGACUGCGUUGUAUAAUAGUGUAAUUAUUAAAUUCAAUUUAGCAAAUAUUAAUGAAUGUAAUAGGAAAUUUGUUUUCUUUAGAAUUUUCGUGUUAGCACCUGAAUUUAAUAUCUAUCUUAAUGCACUAUUUUGGAAUAUCCCUCUUUGAACUAAUGGCUAGUAUGAGAUCAAACGAACAUCAAAGCAUCUGGGUUUCAUUGCUCUCAACCUAUAAGAUUGUGAAAUAUACGAAAAAUUUUAAACGCGCAUGGUGAAUAAAUGAUAUUUUGCUAUCUUCGUAAUUAUAUCUACAUAAUAUAUUCACAUACAGGUUCGAGACGAAUGGGUAAAAAGGGUUGUGUAAUUUGUUAUGCAUAUACAAUAUUCAAAAAUAUAUUUGCUUAUCAGUCCCACUAAGCACACUAAAAGUAUAUUAGAACUACGAGACGUUCAUCCUUAAUCAUAAUGCCGUAGUACCAGGGUAAAUACGAUAUUAUUUCACAAUUAGUUAUCACAAUUAUACCUAUAGUUCAAAUCAAUGUAUUCUGAACGCUUAUAAAAUUGAGUAUAUUUUAAACUGUUCAAAACUAUAAGCUGAAAUAACAAUAAAACUCGUAUUAAUUAUCAAAUUAUAUCAUUAUUCUAUCACAUAUUAUAAAAUAACAAUGUAAAACUAAAUUUCUUAAAAUGUUAUGGCAUUAUUACGCGUAUAAUAAGCGGCUAUGCCAUCACAAUUCGUGGGUAUAAUAUAAUGAGAUGACUUUGAUCUGAAUAUAAUUCUCAUUUUGGUUUUCAUUAUAUCAUUUUAGUGUUAAUGUAAUAUUAAUUAUUGACUGAGUAUAGUUAAGAAUAAGGAAUAUCAAAAAUACAACCAAAUCUCAGGUGUUUCACUGCUGCAAUUUCAAUAAGCAUUUAAUUUUUUAUUCAUGAUCAUUACAAAGUGUCUAAUAAAAAUAAUGUUUCUACUUUUAUCACAAGUAAAAAAAUAAGCACUUUACUUAUAAAUGUUGUUUAACAAUAACAAAAUGUAUAAAAUAUAUCAAAAAUCUAUUGCACUUCUCCAUUCACGAAAGGGGAUCGAUAGGAACAUCCGCCUACUUCAUGUCAUGCACAUAAACAUCGGUUAUAAGUAAAGCAUUCGCAUCAAUGUUUUCACCGUACUUCACGAGAAUACAUUAACGUUUUGCGAAAUAAAACGCAAGGACGGACUUACGCUAAAAUAUCUAGUUUAAAAUAGCGUAAUUAUGUUUACACAGGUUCGAUGUUUCGGAGGACCGAAUAUUUAAAUUGUGAAGGAAAGACUUGAAGAAUUGAUAUUUGGAAUAAGGGCUUCUUCAAAUUAAAUAGGUGUCACUGUACUAGUGCGGCUGACGCGCUUCUCUGUGACGCUUUUGAAUUUUUUAUGAAGUUUGGUCUCAGAAUUUGGUUAUGCCCAUGUAUUCUGUGCAUGUGUGAUACAGUGGCAUCGUGAUAUUGUAUGAAAAUUGGCGCCACUUGCAAUUGGCAGUGUUGCCACUACAGUCUCUUCGCGCCAUUUAAUUUGAAGGCGCCCUAUAUAAGCAAAGAAACUAGUAGAUAGCUAAGAUAAUAUUAUGGUUUGGUCCUUUUUAUGUAGCUGUUCAUACAUCAGGCCUGUGUAAAUCAGUCAUAAGUACUCGUACAUAAACAUAAAUCAUAUCACUUUCCACAUUACAAGUUAGAUGUUCGCCAUAUCUUUCAAUUAUCAGUGUAAUUUUCAACAUAUCUAAUCGUUUUGUGAAUUGAAUUGAUUAAUGUUAAUGAAUUAUAAAUGUUGUACUUACGGUUACAGAAUACUGUCAUUGUAGUCCAGUCAAUAAAGCAUUAUAGAUGGAAAUCC